UCAUCUCAACCUUUCUUCUGUAACUUAAGCAACGAUUAUUCGAUGCGACAAUCCUGGUGAUAGCAUCGCAAUAUUUCUUUUCUUAUUAAUCUUUUUUUUUCUUUGGACCUGGUGUUCAGUUUUAUAUUAUUACUAUUAUUAUUCUACAAUGGCGGGCCUUUUGGACGGUUUGGGUAGUGCUUUGGGAGGACUGCGCGGAGGCCUUUUGGGUGGGAACAACGACGGCGGCAACGAUCAGAAUUCGCAGAUAUUAAACCCAACAGAGGAUGCUGGGGACGCAAAGCAGAAAACCACUUCUGAAGCUAGCACAAGUGUAACUGCAACUGCAACCUCCAUUUCGACUUCAGAUGGCGAAAUAAGAGCAACACCUACUCCCGGAAAUUUGAGGGACAAAGGUGAUGGCGACGACGACGAAGACGACGACGAUGAGGGGGACAAGGACGAUGAGCAGCCGCAGAUCCAAGAACCUACUAGCACUAAUACUCAAAAGCCUUCUAUUACAGGGUUGCCGAAAUCACCCGUUCAGACUACGGCAAUUGCUCUCAAUCCCGGUGCUGCUGAAAACACAGAUGUUGCGACUCCCGAUGCAACUCCCGAUGCGUCGGAGACGACUGUUAGUCCUAAGUCGACUAGUAGCCCUAAGCCGACUAUAACAUCGGCUACUAAUCCACCAAAUACACCCUCGCCCUCGCCCUCAUCCCCAUCCUCAUCCUCACCCUCACCCUCGCCAUCCUCCGAAACGUCCAUCUCGACAACAUUGGCGCCGCCGCCGCCACCACCAACCACACUUGUGACAUCCACCAAGCCAUCGAGCCCCGCCGCCACACCGUCAAGCCCCGCUGCUGACCCGUCUACCUCUAUCCUCGAGAGCGUGGCCACGAGUCUCAAUAUCCCCGAGGCAACCAGUAGUACACUAGACCCUCCUACGCAACUUUCCUCAACAACCCCCGCGGCCCAAGUCACGCCGCUUCCCCAGGAAGCCGCUGCCGCUGCUCAAAGCAGCAUCGCCAAUUCCCAGAGCAACACUAUCACGCAGGCGCAGGCGGUCGAUAACGGGAAUAGCGGAAUGAUCGGCAACUUACCCGUGGCCGCGGUCGCGGGUAUUGCCGGCGGUGGAGGCGGCCUAGUGCUCAUCAUCCUGAUCAUCCUGAUCCUCCGGUGCGUGUGGCGGAAGCGGCGCAACGGCAACGACGAGGCCCUGGCCCGGCUGGACUCCAUGUACGAGGCGGGCAAGCCGACGGCCUCGGAGUCGACCGACAAGCUCGUCCGCUGGAACAAGGGGCUGUCGGAGUAUCACAAGCCGGUCGACAACAGCUACAAGGCAUAUAGAAUGUGAUUUACCUAGAUCCUCUGACACACUGCAUUAUAACGGAAAGGGGAAGUCUACUAUUAAAUUUGGUGGCCUUUGGAGUUCGGUACUAGAACAGAAGUUGUUGGCUUGUCAACAAUAAACUAGACGGAACCAUAUUUAUCCCACUCCUAAAAAGUAAAAUCUAGUCCAGUUAUUACCUUAGUAUAGACCCUCUCCUAUAAUAUUCACGUUCUUUUAUUUUAUAUAAGGUAUAAUUGAUAUAUAUCUGCUUUAGCGAGAAACGUGAUAGCAGUGCUUGUUGAGUUUGAUGUUCAAAAUCCAAUGGAAGGAUUCGGAUUUUACAACGCCGUCUAGAUC